UUGCUAUCAGACUAAAACGUGUAUUUAAGCUUGACUCUGGAUUUGCAAUUUCGACCUCAGGGUUUCUGCUUCCCCUUCAGAUAUCGGAAUGAUGCUUUUUUCGGAGUUUAGCUAGUUAGCUAGUUUGACAAUAAUAUUUAGCGAAGAUUUCUAGGUAACAUAAAACAUGACUUUGCAUUUUUGAUUUAAUACUUUUAAUUUGAUUUUGGAAUUCUAGCCUUUUAGGCGAGGUCAAUUAGAUUCUUUUGAAGAAACUUUGACAAUAACAACAAGGAAUUAUUUCUUUCAGUACAUGCAACACGCAGGGCGAAUCAGUUCGAUCAUUUAAUGCAGCAAAACUUGUGAAUAUGGUACAAAUAAUUUCAAGCAAAGGGAUGACUUCCGACAAUUUGACACUACAUGCGGCGGAAAGGAGAAAUAUGGUAGAUUCGUUAGGGAUUCGUUAAUUAAGUCUUCAAUUGUUGUUGGCCUAGCUCACUAACCUUAAUAAUCUUAUCAAAUCCUUUUAUUGUACCUUCCACAAAUUUGGUAGGUAAAAAUAACCUAUCUUAACAAUUUUAUAGAAUUAAGUAGGUUUUUAACGAUAUUUUCCUAUUUUACUAAUAGGUCUAAAAUGGUUGGGUAAGCCAGAUAAAAGCUGUUCUGUAGUCAUUUUACUCGUAAAAAACGUUGAAACGAUUGAUACGUCACUUAACGAUCUUGUCUGUAGCUAGUUUAACGAGGUGGUUUCAAUUUGGACUUUGUGUAAGCAUGGAGAAUUUUGAAUUUGUACGAUGUGGAAUGAAGUGCCGUUUUUGUUCAAAUAUCGUGUGUAUCCGUUUUUCUGGCACCAUGUUAAAUCACUUUGUUGCCUGCCAUGGUUUUUUAAUCAAACGGUCGACUAGUUGUAAACUCAUUCGACCACCUUUUUAGUGCACUUUGAAUACAAAAUGAUGUCAAAAUGAAAUAAAAACAGCAAAAUAUUGAAUUAAUUUUCUAUCAAUAAUCUAUUAUUAACAGUAAAAAGAAACUUAAAUAUGCUCAAUCGAAUUCUUCGUAAAUAAUGGAAAAGAAAAAUCGUAAUUCAUUGAAAAGAAAUCAGAAUCUAAGUGUAACACUAAAAAUAUUUUAAGUGUAUUUUCGUGAAGGAGACAUUUUUUUUUUUUUUAAAGUAUGGAUUUUUUUAGUGGUUUCAUGAUGCACACAAUUCGGUGUGUUAGAAAAGUUGUACAAUUACAGUCAUGUAGUUUCAUCUUAGUUGAAACCUCUGGUGAGGACUUUUGCACAGGAUUGGAAUAUAUGUUCUUGUAGCUUUGUUCUUUUCAUAGAUACCAUAUUAUUUAAACUGGAAGAAAAAAUUUUUUUGGCUUUAUUUUGUUUUUUAAAAAUUUUGUCGAAACCAAAAUUAUAUUCAAAUAUAAAUUUCAAAAAAUGAGAAAGAAAAUUUUGUACAGCUACAUUGCUUUGAUGUAUUUACUUGGUAAAAAUUUUUCAUAGGUAACAUGUUUUUUACCUUGAAACUUGUAGCUAUCAAUCUUCUCUUGUUCAUUUGUGAUGUCAUCUUUAGUGAUAUCAAAUUAAUAUUCUUUUAACAAAAAAGGUAUGCGCAAAAUGCGUUUGACUGGCUAGUAAUCGUGAACAAUGCUGGUCUAAUAAGAAGAGGGAAUGGCUAUACGAGUUACGACACAUGUGAUAAGCAAAUCAUAAAUCAGGUUUAUUCAGUGCAAGCCAUGCCUUAGCCGCAAUGUGGGAAUGAUGUUAGUAGUUUGUCUUUUAGAAUCAAUACAUCAUUUACGAAAUACUCCAUAUCUAUUUAAUGUCAAGCGAUGUUUUUCUUUUGGAUUGCCAUACUCUCUUGUCAGCAAGUUUAUGGUUUGAUGCAGCUAUCAAAAAAUUCAUCCAUCCAAGACGAACAUGCAGGCCAUCAUAUGAAUCAUCAUUCGGAACGCACAUUGAUGGAGGAAGAAAAAUAUGCCAAUGUGUUUGAGAAGUACUUAUCAGAUGAUCACACAAUCUUUCGAAUGUUUAGGCCGAAUUACACGGAGGAUCCUAUCACGAUUGAGGUGGAUUUGACUGUCGUGUCAUUUGGAAGUAUCAAUCUUCUAGAUCAGACGGUUCGUAUUGAUUUAUUUUUGCGACAAUAUUGGAAUGACUAUCGCUACAAGCACUCACUGGCAGAGAAAGUCACUCCAUUGAUGGGUUCCAAACAACCUUCGGAUUACUUAUGGGUGCCAGAUACAAGCAUACGAAACUCGCGCUCGUCGAAAAAAACUCACUUUGCAGUGCAAAGUGAUAAAUUGGAUAUUCAACCUGAUGGUAACAUAAAAUGGUCCACCAUGAUGUCGGUGACCACAUACUGUAGUCUAGAUUUUCGAAAUUAUCCCAUGGAUUCACAGAAGUGCUCUGUGGGAUUUGAAAGUUAUGCUUAUGAUGCUUCACAUAUCAGAUACAAAUGGAGGACCAGCAAACCCAUUUUUUUCUCAAGUCGAUAUAUACCACAAUUCGAACUAACGAAUUAUUUUACAGAAAAUAUAUUUUCAGAAUACGUCGCGGGUAAUUAUUCAUCACUAUUGCUGACAUUUGAAUUCCAAAGACAACUUCCUCACUCUAUUAUGAAUAUCUUCUUUCCAUCGGUUGCCGUAGUUUCCGUGUCAUGGGUAUCACUAUGGAUACACAAGAAAUCGACAUCAGCCCGCGUAGGUACUGGUAUUACUACCCUUUUGACGCUAACUGGAAUAUGGACUGGUGUCAAUCGGGGAUUUCCUCGGGUUGAUUACGUGAAAGCGAUUGAUGUUUAUUUCAUGGUGUCAUUCGUGUUUAUACUAUUGACAUUGGUGGAAUACACUGCGGUGGCUUUUGUUAAUUUUCCUUUGUGGAAAAUGCGACGAUAUUAUCGUGAAUUUGAAAAAGUUGCAAAAUCGCAAGCUACAAAUAAAACGACCACAUUCCCAAUCACCAACUCUACGCAAACCAGUUUAAUCCGCCAAAGUAUACGCAAAUACCCUUUUGGUACAAUAACAACAUCAAAUUCAGUCUACCCUGGGUUUUCUAGCGUUGAACCUAUUUCACAACAAACAAAACCCGUCACACCACGCUCGGCACGACAAGAAUAUCCAGCGUCAGAUAGCGGCAUGGAUUCCGACGAUUCAAGCAACGAAGUUCGUGACGUAAAAGAUGCCCAUCUUUACAACCCAAAGACAGCAAGUUUGGACAUUAUUAGUCGAGUUGCAUUUCCGUUUUGUUAUGUUUGUUUUCUUGUUUAUUUUUGGACCCAUUACGCUGUGUAUGGUGGCAGGAAAGAGGAAAGUAACAUGAUUGAAAAAUGAAGAGGACGUUCAAUUAACUCGUCAAAGAGUGUGUGUUUUUAAUAGGUUUCACGUAGAUUUUUAUUGCUAUUCUAGCAAAUCAAAUUAAGUAUUUACGAGUAUGUAAUUAGUGUUUAGAGCAAACCUUGUCAAUUGUCAGAUCUUUUUAUAACCAGAGUAAAACGCACUCAGUUCUACAAACGGUUCUCUGCUUAAAAAUUUUACCCAUUCUUACAAACCUUUUCGCAUUUUUUUCACACUAAACGAUAUGGCCUAAAAUUUAAGGGUAUCUUAAUUCUUUGUAACAAGACUGAAUGUAGUGUGUACUUUUUUACUUUCUGUACUUUUUAAUUAUCGCAAAUUUAAAAACAACAAGGUUUUGUUAGAUUUAUAAAUAAUUAUUGUGUUUUAUACUUUACCUUUACUGCUGUCAUAUAUCAGCUGAACUUUUGACACAGAAUGUUGCAGAUACUUGUUAAAGCCCUGUGUAGUAAUUACAUUGUAGUUAAUAGAAAAAAACACUUCUGCACCA